CUAAGUAAUUAAGUUACUCAAAUCCCAACGCUGGGAUUGUGAAAAUAUUAUUUUUACCGAUUUGGAAAAUUAUUUCAUUAAAUAAAAAAAUAUAGUUCAAAAAUAAUACGUAAAAAUGUAUGAAAAUGAAGAAGAAAAUUUCGAGGAAGAAAAUGCAGAAGAAAUUACUCACGAGUUAUGGCAAGAAGCUUGCUGGAUUGUUAUAAACGCAUACUUUGAUGAAAAAGGUCUUGUACGACAACAAUUAGAUUCAUUUGACGAAUUUAUUCAAAUGUCCGUUCAGAGAAUUGUUGAAGACUCUCCCGCAAUAGAUUUACAAGCAGAGGCACAACAUACGUCCGGUGAAAUAGAAACUCCACCUAGAUUUUUGUUAAAAUUUGAUCAAAUUUAUUUGUCAAAACCAACACAUUGGGAAAAAGAUGGUUCUCCAAGUCCAAUGAUGCCGAAUGAAGCUCGUUUGAGAAAUUUGACAUACUCAGCUCCACUUUAUGUCGACAUUACCAAAACGAAAAUAAUUGAAGGGCAAGACCCAAUUGAAACACAGAAUCAAAAAACAUUUAUUGGCAAAAUUCCAAUUAUGUUACGUUCAACUUAUUGUUUGCUUAGUCAACUGACUGAUCGUGAUUUAACAGAAUUAAACGAAUGUCCAUUGGAUCCAGGUGGUUAUUUCAUUAUAAACGGAUCAGAAAAAGUAUUGAUUGCUCAAGAAAAAAUGGCAACAAAUACAGUGUACGUAUUUAGCAUGAAAGAUGGCAAAUAUGCAUAUAAAUGCGAGAUCCGGUCUUGCCUUGAACAUAGUUCAAGACCAACAUCUACGCUUUGGGUCAAUAUGAUGGCAAGAGGUGGUCAAACAAUCAAAAAAUCUGCAAUUGGUCAAAGAAUUAUUGCAAUUUUACCAUAUAUCAAACAAGAAAUCCCAAUUAUGAUAGUAUUCCGAGCCCUCGGUUUUGUAGCUGAUAGAGAUAUUCUUGAACAUAUCAUAUAUGAAUUUGAUGAUCCUGAAAUGAUGGAAAUGGUUAAACCAUCUCUUGAUGAAGCUUUCGUAGUUCAAGAACAAAAUGUAGCUUUAAAUUUCAUAGGAGCUAGAGGUGCGCGACCUGGUGUGACGAAAGACAAGCGUAUAAAGUAUGCUAAAGAAAUAUUACAAAAGGAAAUGUUACCCCACGUAGGUGUGUCCGAUUUUUGCGAAACAAAAAAAGCUUACUUCCUUGGAUACAUGGUACAUAGAUUAUUAUUAGCAGCCUUGGGCAGAAGAGAACUUGAUGAUCGUGAUCACUAUGGUAAUAAACGACUUGAUUUAGCUGGUCCGCUACUGGCAUUCUUAUUUAGAGGUCUUUUUAAAAACCUUAUGAAAGAAGUAAGAAUGUAUACCCAAAAAUUUAUUGAUAGAGGAAAAGAUUUUAACUUAGAAUUGGCCAUCAAAACUAAUAUAAUUACCGAUGGAUUGAGAUAUUCUUUAGCUACAGGUAAUUGGGGCGACCAGAAAAAAGCUCAUCAAGCCAGAGCUGGCGUAUCUCAAGUGUUAAACAGAUUAACAUUUGCAUCAACAUUAUCUCAUUUAAGACGUGUAAAUUCACCCAUAGGUAGAGAUGGAAAACUAGCAAAACCUAGACAGUUACACAAUACUUUGUGGGGCAUGUUAUGUCCAGCUGAAACGCCGGAAGGGGCGGCUGUAGGCUUAGUAAAAAACUUGGCAUUGAUGGCUUAUAUUUCGGUUGGUUCUCAACCAUCACCUAUUCUAGAGUUCUUGGAAGAAUGGUCUAUGGAAAAUCUUGAGGAAAUCGCCCCUUCAGCUAUAGUUGAUGCAACAAAAAUUUUUGUAAAUGGCUGUUGGGUAGGAAUACAUCGUGAUCCUGAACAGUUAAUGGCUACCUUACGUAAACUUCGACGUCAAAUGGAUAUCAUUGUAUCUGAAGUAUCUAUGAUUAGAGACAUUCGGGAUCGUGAAAUUCGUAUUUAUACAGAUGCUGGACGAAUUUGCAGACCGUUGUUGAUUGUUGAAAAUGGCAAUUUGCUUCUGAAGAAAACCCAUAUUGAAAUGUUAAAGGAACGUGAUUAUAAUAACUAUAGCUGGCAAGUACUUGUGGCUUCUGGUGUAGUAGAAUAUAUCGAUACUCUUGAAGAGGAAACUGUUAUGAUUGCUAUGUCUCCAUAUGAUUUAAAACAGGACAAAGAUUAUGCAUACUGUACAACAUACACACAUUGUGAAAUUCAUCCAGCUAUGAUAUUGGGGGUUUGUGCAUCAAUUAUUCCAUUUCCAGAUCAUAAUCAAAGCCCUCGUAACACAUAUCAAAGUGCUAUGGGUAAGCAAGCUAUGGGAGUUUACAUUACAAAUUAUCAUGUUCGUAUGGACACCCUUGCACAUGUGUUAUAUUAUCCAAUGAAACCAUUAGUUACCACAAGAUCUAUGGAAUAUUUGCGCUUUAGAGAACUUCCUGCCGGCAUAAAUUCAAUUGUUGCAAUUUUAUGCUAUACUGGUUAUAAUCAGGAAGACAGUGUUAUCUUAAAUGCUUCAGCCGUAGAAAGAGGAUUCUUCAGAUCAUGUUUCUACCGUAGUUAUCGGGAUUCAGAAAAUAAACGUAUAGGAGACCAAGAAGAACAAUUUGAGAAACCAUCGCGUAACACAUGUCAGGGUAUGAGAAAUGCACAUUAUGAUAAAUUAGAUGACGAUGGUAUCAUAGCACCAGGCAUAAGAGUUUCUGGAGACGAUGUAGUUAUUGGAAAGACAAUAAACCUACCAGAAAAUGAUGAUGAUCUGGAAGGAACAACAAAACGUUUCACAAAGCGAGAUGCAUCCACAUUUUUGAGAAAUUCAGAAACUGGUAUUGUUGAUCAGGUUAUGUUGACAUUAAACAGUGAAGGAUAUAAGUUUUGUAAAAUCAGAGUACGCUCAGUGCGCAUCCCGCAAAUUGGAGACAAAUUUGCUUCUCGUCACGGACAGAAAGGUACUUGCGGAAUUCAAUAUAGGCAAGAAGAUAUGCCUUUCACAUGUGAAGGUUUAACACCUGAUAUUAUUAUUAAUCCUCAUGCUAUCCCCUCUCGUAUGACAAUUGGCCAUUUAAUCGAAUGUUUGCAAGGAAAGCUUGGUUCAAAUAAAGGAGAAAUUGGUGACGCAACUCCAUUUAAUGACGCUGUUAAUGUACAGAAAAUUUCGACAUUUUUGCAAGAAUAUGGUUACCAUCUUCGAGGUAAUGAAGUUAUGUAUAACGGGCAUACCGGAAGAAAAAUUAAUGCCCAGGUAUUUUUGGGACCAACUUAUUAUCAGCGUCUUAAACAUAUGGUAGAUGACAAAAUUCAUUCUAGAGCCCGUGGACCUGUACAAAUUUUAGUGAGACAACCAAUGGAAGGUAGGGCAAGAGAUGGUGGCUUGCGUUUUGGCGAAAUGGAACGUGAUUGUCAAAUUUCACACGGCGCUGCUCAAUUUUUGAGAGAACGUUUGUUCGAAGUUUCUGAUCCUUACAGAAUUCAUAUUUGCAAUUUCUGUGGACUGAUAGCGAUUGCAAAUUUAAGAAAUAAUACAUUUGAGUGCAAAGGAUGCAAGAACAAAACGCAGAUAUCUCAAGUUAAAUUACCAUACGCUGCAAAGUUAUUAUUCCAAGAGUUGAUGUCAAUGAAUAUAGCGCCUCGUUUAAUGGUAAUCUAAAGUUGAAUUCAAAUAUUUAAACAUAAAUUUUUAAAAUAGAACUUGAAAUUUUUAUUUUAAGUUAAAUUUUAUAAUUAAGUAUGUAUUAACAGAAUUUUUAAUAAAACAUAUGUAAUAAGGAAUGGAAUAAUAAUGUUUGUAUUUAUAAAUGUAAUACAAUGUGAAAUAGAGAUUUUGCUAUUUUUGCAUACUAAUUUAUGUGUAAAUUUACACAGAAUAGUGCUUUUUGAAGCUAAUAGCAAAAGAUUUAAAUUUUGGAAACGGUUCAGGGUUUUGUCUUUAGUCGAAUAACAUAGUAAGAAA